UUUCUCCUCAUGAAUUAUAACAGAAUAAUUUCACUCCUUUUACAACAUUGUUUUUCUUUUCCUAACCAGGAGUCCAGUUAUUACAAGGAACAACUGGACUCUUGGACUUGAUGAUGUUCCUGAUGUUCUGCUGCCUCUCCUCCUCAUCCUCUCUCAGGAUGAAGAUGAUCUCCAGGAUCCUGCUGCUCCUCAUCCUCAGCUCAUGUCUCUGUGCAACAUUUGUAGUGAAUGUGACACAGAGCAGCUAUCAGGCAGAGGAGAACCACAGCAUCACUCUGGAGUGGACCUUCACCACCAAGACUCAGGGAACCUGGAGGGAACUGUUCAUCUACUGCAGCUUGUUGGCUCCUCAUAAAGAACUGGUUCUGUAUCAGGUCCAUGAAGGUGUUGAGAUUCCAGAGUCUCAGGAUGAACAGUUUUCAGGACGAGUCCAGAUUGACAAAGACGUCCUCAGAGAAGGACGAAUCAGACUCCAUGUGUCCAGACUGAGGACUGAAGACUCUGGUCUGUAUCUGUGUGACGUGAAAACUGAAGAUGGAUUCAACUCUGGAAGAUGUCGACUCAACGUUACUGCAGCUGCUGAUCAGAUCCAAACUCAGAGACCAACUUUGACUCCAGAACCAGAGAGACGAGGAAGGAUCAUCAUCUUCCUCAGUCUGGGACUGACAGCAGCUCUAAUGGUUCUAAUAAUAAUAUUGAUUAUUUGGUUUAGGAAGAAAAGGAGAAAAGAAACCAAACUUUUUGACAAAGAACAGAUUUGUUUGAACUUGUUCUGUUUGACUUAUUAGAUUGUAAUAAUUAUGACUUUGAUCCGUUUAUUGAUUUGCUUCAGAUUCAUGUUUU